UUCUAUUACAAUCUUUUCGUGGUCAACCUCGUGUUAACAAAAAAGAUCAAGGUCGUAUUGUCCGAUGCUAUUUCACGUCGCUGAAUUUGAUUGUCACGAGAAAACUUUUUCCUGCGUCAGAACAAUUUCAUAAAACUGUCCGAUCAAUUUUGUUCCCGAGAGUUUUAUUGAGCAAACCCACUCAAAACUUAAUUCUUCAUGGUUCUAUCUCGAUUCACCUAAGAUGCGUGGUCGAGUACGUAGGAGCUAUUUCAUCUUCGUUAGCCAUCCAUGUAAAUUUUCAUCAAGACAAGAAAUCGCUAGUUUCCUCGGCAGGUGAUUAUGCGGAAAUAAUCGUUCUUGGUAAAUGA